AUGGAACUUAUUCAACAUCUCUAUCGCCUGAACUCUCAAAAUUCAAGCUCGGCACUGGUAUGGGCUGCCAUACGCGGAAAUGAGGGUACAGCUCGAAGGUCAAUACAAGAAAAGGCGGAAAUCAGAUUGACGGAUUAUAGUGGCGAGGAACCAAUAUUCUGGGCCACAGAGAAUGGCUAUGAGGUGGUAGUGAGAUUACUCCUUGAGGCUGGACAGGUGGACGUGCAGUCAACGGACGUUAAUGGUUGGACGCCAUUAUUCCUGGCGUCUCUGAAUGGUCAUGCUAGUGUGGUAAAAUUAUUACUCGAGACUGAAGGGGUGGACGUGGACGUGAAGGAUGCGCAUGGUCAAACACCAUUAUUCUGGGCCUCAUGGAGUGGCCAUGUGAAAGUGGUGCAGAUAUUUCUUGAGAAUGGGAAGGUGGAUGUGAACUCAAAGGACUGUGCGGGUCGGACGCCGCUGUUCUGGGCUGCAGAAAAUGGCCGUGAGGCGGUCGUGGGAUUACUCCUUGAGACUGAAGAGGUGGACGUGGAGCUAAAGGACUUCACGGGAUGGACGCCAUUAUCCUGGGCCGCGCGACGCGGUCAUGAGGCAGUGGUGCAGUUGUUACUCAAAACUGAGAAGGUGGACGUGAACUCGAAGGACUCUGUGGGUCGGACGCCGCUGUCCUGGGCUGCAGAAAAUGGGUGUGAGGCGGUCGUGGGGUUACUCCUUGAGACUGAACAGGUGGACGUGGAGUCAAAGGACGAUGAGGACAGAACGCCAUUAUCCUGGGCCGCGCGACGCGGUCAUGAGGUAGUGGUGCAGUUGUUACUCAAAACUGAGAAGGUGGACGUGAAUUCAAGGGACUGUGAGGGUCAGACACCGUUUUCUUGGGCCGCGAGAACUGGUCAGGAGGCGGUAAUGCAAUUGCUCCUUGAAACUGGAGAGGUGGACGUGGAGUCAAAGGACGAUGAGGCCAGAACUCCAUUAUCCUGGGCCGCGCGAUGCAGUCAUGAGGCAGUGGUGCAGUUGUUACUCGAGACUGAAGGGGUGAAUGUGGAUUUGAAGGAUUCGCAAGGUCGAACUCCGUUAUUUUGGGCCGCAGCAAAUGGGUAUGAGAAGCUGGUCCAACUAUUUCUUAGGACUAGGAAGGUGGAUAUCAACUCAAAAGACCGUGAGGGCUGGACUCCUCUAUCCGCGGCCACAGAAUGUGGUUAUACGAAGGUGGUGCAGCUUCUACUUGAGGUCGACCAGAUGGAUCAGGACCUAUAG